CUACUGUAUCAAAUGGUAAAGUUUACUUAUGGUGUUGGUUUGCAACAAUACCUUUGACUGAUCGACUUUCUGACUGACUGACGGACUAAGUGUAUUCAUCCAACUCACUUAGUGGGCCGGUUAUUUAAACGGAGUCUAAGUUAUACAAUUUUUAAGGCAAACACGCGGUUUAAAGGUUGUUUCAAUAGACAACGGUUAAAACAUGUUUGAAUUACUUAUUAACACGUGGCUGAUCCAUGUUUUUUGCAGUUAGGGGCGGGGCAAUGCAUGGUCUUUUGAGUGAUUUGCAUGUGCAUUUUGAAGGUUUUACCCAAAAUGGCCUCAAAAUCCGGCCAAACAGCAAAUUUUAGCGCAGAAGAAUUGCUGGUGGAAUCGCGAGGGUUAUUCUCAGGUAUAGAAAGUAAAGCAUAUGACAAUAAGAGAUUGACGAAAAAGGCAAAAGUGAGAAAGGAAAUUGAGAACACCAACCUCCGAGUAGGUCUUAGUCGCUACUGUUCUUUAACUUAAGCGGUGGUUAAACAUGGUUUGAACAAGGUUGUGGACAAUCAGAGUUUAAAUAAUUGGUUUCCUUAGUUUGAACAAGGGUUAGACGGUGACUUUCAUAACGCUGUAUAAACUUCGUUUGAAUAAUAGGCCUCUUAUGUUUAAGAUUUAUGGCAUCCCAUGAUCAAAGUCGUUGUUGUCCGGCAUUCCAAACUUCCUGAAAUAGAUAGCAGAGGAGCUUACAACUAAAUACUUAUCUCUUAAUGUUUCCACCUCAGGUCUUUACUACGUGCACAACUUGUCAGAUAAAGAGAGAGCGGAGGUAAAACCGAUUUAAUUGGGCCAUAGCAAAGGGCUAAUUCUUAUAUAAUCUUUUGUUUAGUGCCUCAAUGAUUCUAUCUUUGGUCUUUAAAUGGUCCAGGUAUUAAGGUAGGUUAUAUAGCUUAUGCUCGAUGGUGUUUUCCACCCACAUUUUAUUUCCUCUUUUCAGAAAAAACUUUCAGACUGUGAUACAUUUUUGGACCCAGAUGACCUCCCGAGAAAAAGGCAACUGGGUCGGACUUCAGACUCUACAGUCAGCGAGAAGAUCAAAAGGACAGAUGAUCAUCACCUUAGAGGUCUCCUCGCCCUCAAACAUUCAAAUCUUGUUACCAUAUGGAGAAUAGACGGUUUGGAUUCACGCUUUCCAAUGGCAGAUGUCAUCUCCGAAGAGGCUCCUCUCGGUAAUUUGAACAACUAUGUUCUUGAAAAGCGAUGUCAGAUUGGUGAUAUAGUAACGUUCCUGUCUCAAGUGGCGUCUGCUAUGCAUUAUCUCCAUAUGAAGCAUAUUGUACACAGAGACCUCCGUGCUACUUAUGUUAAUGUCGUAUCGCCCAACAAGGUAUUUAUAUUGCAGAUUAUAAGGAGUGACAAUUGCCUCUCUCUCUUCUUCUUUAUCUCCACCAUGUGUUAGCACAGCUCAGUGAACACAAAGAGUGCAUGGAAAAAUGCCCUUCUCCUCCCCCGUUUCCAGAGGAGUAAACUUAAAAGUUGAUCAUCACUAACGAAUGAUUACCUGCAAGAAAGCGAAACUUUGUUCAAGGGC